AAGGCACAAAGUGUACCGAUAUAUAGAAUGAUAUAGAUGGCCAAUGGAGAACCUAGCACCAUAUGUACCUGUACCUUCGUGACAAAUUAAAUGUCCUCACAGUACACACAAUGAUUCUUACUAUUUUCGAAAAACCGGGUCGAACGUAGCGGAAUUACGUUUGUCCGACAUGAUGAACAGAACCUUUCGUUCCCUCCAUGGAAACUAAAGCUUAAUGCUCGACGAUCACGCGACGUAGCACGCAGAAUUAUUAUUACAUGCAUGUAAACGAGUAAAUUUAGUAUAGAAUUGUUUGUGUAUGGAUUUAUAUUAGAUUCAACAUUGCUUCGUUUAAAACAAGUUAUAUGUUAUAACAAUUAACGCUACAUAGAAAAGAUGUCUACUGCGAUAGAACAAGAUCCUUCUAAGGACAAAGAAUCUAUAGAAAAUACUCAACAUUUUAAAGAACGUGCGGAACGAAAUCGCCAGAAAGCAUUGUUACUAAAGAAAUCCAAAAUUGUUUCCCAUCCUUAUACGAAAAGCGAAAAUGGAGAUUCAACAAAGAGUAAAUUAACACAAAAUCAAGGGCAACGGGUCAUAGACAGUGGAGCUGGUUUCCUUAUAGAAGAGAACAAUGACCUAGAAGAACAAAUGUUAAAAAUAGUAGCGGAUCCUGCGCCCAUUGUGAUCGAUUUACCUCAUUGUACUGAAUGUAAAUCCGAGUUCAAGGACUCCUAUCUUUUGCAAACCUUUGAUUUAAUUGUAUGUGAUAAUUGCAGAGAUUCCAGAGGAAAACAUUCAUUGAUAACAAAAACAGAAGCUAAACAAGAAUAUUUGUUAAAAGAUUGUGAUUUUGAUAAAAGGGAACCCCCUUUGAAAUACAUCACAAGAAAGAACCCUCACAAUGUAAAUUGGGGCGAAAUGAAAUUGUAUCUACACUUACAAGUGGAAGAAAGAGCUUUGAAAGUUUGGGGGUCCGAAGAAAAACUUUUACAAGAGAGGGAGCUACGCGAUGUGAAACGAGAAGGGUCUAAAAUUAAAAAGUUUAACAAGAAGAUCAAACAACUGCGAAUGCAAGUCAGAAGUUCAUUGUACGAUAAAACAACAAAAGCAACUCAUACGCACGAAUUUGGAGAGGACUCGUAUAACGAAGAAGAUGAUACCUAUACACACACCUGCACUACUUGUGGUUACGAAGAAACGUAUGAAAAAAUGUAAAUUAUAAAACCGUAAAAAACUUUGUAGAAGUAUUUUAUUAGGCUGUGUUCUAACAUAGUACCUGUUUCUUUUAUAUCACGGAAGAUUUUUAAUGCUCGCAGAAUCGUUUGAACGAAAAAUCGACAAUUUUUACUUGAUUAUUAUUUAUUUUACUGAUUAUUUUUUUUGUCAUUUUUCUCGAAUGUUUGAAGUUGAAAUCGAUACGUUUGUACUAAUAAAACUUUGCACCUAAUGCGUUCAGACCUUAAAUGAUUUUUUCCCCCCUACAUCAAACGUAUAAAAACAAGGUAUAUAAUUUACAAUUUUUAUUUGCAUUGCAAUACCAUAAUCAUAUCGUUUUAUUUUUAGUUAUGAAAAAUAUUCAUUAGUUUGAACGUACUCAGUACAUCACAUAAUGUCUAGUCUUUCAUUACAUCAUCUUUUACUGCUACAUUAUGUGAAUCCUGAUCGAUUAAAUUACUAUAACUAAAAAUUAAUAUUGCACUAUGUAAAAAUAUGAUGGUUUUAUGCAAAAAAAAUUAAUUUCUGCACAACGUUAAAUUUUAUACAACCAUCGUGAAUCGCAUAGCUGUUUGCAAAUUAUGUAUACAAAUCCAG